CGCGACUCCAAAAUUAAAAUCUUCGGAUUUCGUACUUUUCCUCUUUUCUCUCUCGUCGCACCGACGAUCCGCGCAUCCCGCCACCGCCGAGAAACGCCACGUCGCGGCGGCGACUUCCGACCUCCUUCCGCCUCCGGAUCUCUUGAAUCCCCCGCGGCCUCCGCCCCUCGAUCGAUCAAGGCCUCCCCAGAUUCCGUCGCGUCUCGUCGCGCGGAGCGCUUCGGAGCCUUCCCUAGGGCUCGGAUCUCGCGGUUCUUCGCCUGGAUCGAUCCUUCGAUUCGGAGUGGUUAUGUUUCAGUAGGUCUCCAAGACCAGAGUCGAAAUUUUAAAAAAUGCCGGUAAAGACAGCCCAAUCGUCUUUUCGGGAUCGGACGCAGGAGUUUCAGAGUAUAGCAGAGAGAUUGAAGAAGUCGGUUUCUUCUGGGCCGGGACCAAAUGGACCGAGCAGCAGUUCCAAGACAGAAGAACAGCGAUCUGGAGUUGCUCUUCAAUCCGAGUUCAAUCGGAGGGCUUCGAAAAUUGGGUUUGGGAUACAUCAGACGUCCCAGAAGCUUGCAAAGUUGGCGAAAUUGGCAAAGAGAACCUCGGUUUUUGACGAUCCAACUAUGGAAAUUCAGGAGCUUACCGCAGUCAUCAAGCAGGAUAUUACUGCUCUCAACUCUGCUGUGGUAGAUCUUCAGUUCCUUAGCAAUUCCCGGAAUGAGGGUGUUGUCUCCAGUGACACGACUAGUCAUUCAACCACAGUUGUAGACGACCUGAAAAAUCGAUUGAUGAGCGCUACAAAAGAGUUCAAAGAAGUUCUAACCAUGCGAACAGAGAACUUGAAGGUACAUGAAAAUAGGAGACAGUUGUUUUCUUCCACUGCUUCCAAGGAAACCGUCAAUCCUUUUGUUCGUCAACGACCACUGGCUACCAGAUCAGCUGCUAAUGCCUCAGCAGCUCCGCCUCCCCCAUGGGCUAAUGGGUCGUCAUCUUCGUCGUCGUCGUCAUCCCCGUCUUUUCCCGGAAAGCAGGGAGAUGGGGAGAGUCAGCCUUUGCUGCAGCAAAAUCAACAGCAACAACAGCAAAUGGUUCCUUUGCAGGAUACUUACAUGCAGAGCAGAGCUGAGGCCCUUCAAAAUGUAGAAUCUACCAUUCAUGAGUUGAGCAGUAUCUUUAAUCAGCUGGCAACCCUGGUUUCUCAGCAGGGAGAGAUUGCAAUCAGGAUUGACGAAAAUAUGGAUGACACGCUCACAAAUGUAGAGGGUGCACAAGGGGCCUUGCUGAAGUACCUUAACAGCAUAUCAUCAAAUAGGUGGCUGAUGAUCAAAAUAUUUUUUGUAUUGAUUUUUUUCCUUAUGGUUUUUCUAUUUUUUGUGGCAUAGUUGGCUCAAAACGUUAAAAGGAGAAGAUAAGUGGACUUAUUUUACUAUGAUAUACUUGUUCAUCCCUCCAAACCCCUAUCGGAUAUAUUCUUCCGCGAGGAGGCAGUAUUGGUGUUUCGUGCUCGGUUCUCAUUUGCCUUUGUCUGUAAUGAAGCACAUAAUCGUAAGAGAUUUUUUUGGCCAGUGAAUCAAUCGUACAAGUUGUUGGAAAACACACUGAUGAAACUUUUAUUGUCUUCCUGCUUUUCCAGAGUAUUUGAAUGCAGCAAGCUUGUACUUAAAACA